AUGUAUGAAGAUCGAGAGAGACAGGAUGAAGGAAGAUUGAAUAUUACACAAAAGAGCUACUUACAGAAGAUAUUGAAGAAAUUCAGCUUUGAUGGUAAUGCAAAAGAAGUUAGCACUCCAUUGGCUCUCCACUUCAAGCUUUUAGCUUUGAUGUUACCUAUUUUAGUUGAGGAUAGAGAUUACAUGUCAAAGGUUCUAUAUGCCAAUACGAUAGAUAGCUUGAUGUAUACGAUGGUGUGUACGAGGAGUAUUGGUAUGUUAGAGAUGUACACUUCAAUCUACAAUGGCUCUCUCUACUACAGAGCUCGAGGCCUUUCAUUUUCUUCUCUCCCUCAAGUACUAGAGGCCAAUCCUAUGAGGCUUCUCUUUUCCAUUUCUUUGCUCUUCCUCUUUACUUCUUUCUGUAAUGGAGCUGUACAAGUUGCAAAGACAAUAACGGUUGAUGUCGUUGGUAACGGUAACUUUAAGAAAAUUCAAGAUGCCAUCGAUUCAGUUCCAAGUGGUAAUAACAAAUGGACACGGAUACAUAUAGGAGCUGGUGUAUACAGGGAGAAGGUGGAUAUACCUGUUGAGAAAGGAUUUAUACUGCUUGAAGGCGAUGGAGCGUCUCAAACAUCCGUAGAAUGGAGUGAUUUCGCACCUAUGUCCGAUCCAGAUGACAACGGAAACAAAGUGGCAAACACUGCAACCGUCUCCAUUGCAGCGGUUAAUUUCGUUGCAAAAGGAAUUACUUUCAAGAAUAGUUAUGGCAACAGCCAGGUUCAGGCACGUGCAAUCGCAGCCCUGAUAUCAGGGGACAAGGCAUCUUUCUACAACUGCAGUUUCAUAGGAAUUCAGGAUACAGUCAGUGACCUCUCUGGACGACACUAUUUCAAAGACUGUUACAUUGAGGGUGCUGUUGAUUUCAUCUUUGGUAUAGGGCAGUCUAUAUAUGAGGGUUGCACAUUGUCAACAGUCGCGAGCAAAGCCAUUGCAGGUUGGGUUACUGCUCAAGGAAGAAAUAAGCCAGAUGAUCCCAGUGGAUUUGUCUUCAAAAAUUGCAAGUUGAUAGGAGCAGCCAAAACUUAUUUGGGAAGAGCAUGGGGACCUAACUCAAGGGUUAUAUUUUAUCAGACUGAUAUGGCCAAUAUCGUUGUUCCUGAGGGUUGGGACUAUUGGCGCGAUUCUAACAAAGGGGUCAAUACUGUCUUUGUUGAAUCAGGGUGCACCGGACUAGGCUCAAGAACAUCUGGCAGAGUGAAAUGGGAGAAAACACUUAGCAAUGAAGAUCUUAAGAGACUCACUAGUAUAUCAUUUAUCGAUGACGGGUGGCUCAGUCAACAAGCAUGGAUCAUAUAUGGUGAAAACAUUGAAUAUGCCGAGCAGAAGAAGCAAUUUCAUUCUCGUGCUCUCUAUAUGGUUAUUUCCUACUCUUGGAUAUUUCGUAUAUUUGAUAUCUCUGGAAACCUUUCAAGAUCUCAGCCAAUUGUAAAAACAAUAACAAUUGGUCCCAACGGUCAAAGUGAUUUCACUACUGUUCAGGGCGCCAUCAACUCCGUUCCUGAUGGAAACAAUCAAUGGAUUAGAAUUCACAUAAAUCGCGGGAUUUACAUGGAGAGGGUCACCAUACCUUACAAUAAAGGUUAUGCAAUUCUAGAAGGAGAAGGACCCCAUAGAACUUUCAUUGAGUGGGGUGAUCAUCUCCCAGUUGAAUCAAAUAUGACCUUGAGUGCGCAUAACUCUUGGGAUACUGCAACCUUCCUCUCACUCGCCGAGCAAGUCAUACUCAGCAGAAUCACUAGCUUUUAA